AUGGAGGAUUUCAGCAUCUUGAAGAAACAAGAGCGUCAGUUGCGAGCCUCCAUUAAGGGAGUUGCUAAUUUUGUCAGUAAUUUCAAUCUUGAGCUGCAUGAGAGCCAGAUUGAAGUCAGAUUGAGUCUGCUUGAGUCGGUAAUAAAGAGAUACUAUUUGGUAAGGCAAAAACUGGAAGUAAUUUUGGAUGCAGCUGAUAGUGACGGGGAGAAGGACGAUGCCAAGGAGUCAGAUGCAGCUAGGAAACGGCGAUUGCAGAGGCAGGCUGCUGAGCGCGAAGCAAAAUUCGACGAGGAAACGCUGGAGGUCGAAGAGCAGUACUGUACCGUAAAAGCAGCACUCCUUGCCCUCCGUCCGAAGAAGAUCGAAUCGUCAAGUUCUUCUGGAUCUGCAGGAAGAGCUGACACUAUGUCGCGUGUUAAGCUGCCGGACAUCAAGUUGCCAGUUUUCGACGGAAAACUGAGGGAUUGGAUCCCAUUCCGGGAUAUGUUUGAUAGUUUGAUCCACAACAAUGAACACCUCUCCGAAGUCGACAAAUUCACAUACCUGCGAUCAGCGUUAAGCGGAGAGGCACAUCAGGAAAUCAGCUCCAUCGAACUGUCUGCCGAUAAUUACCAGAUAGCCUGCCAUAUGCUAGAGAAGAGGUACGAAAAUAAGAAGCUAAUCGUGAAGGCGUAUUUGGACGCACUUUUUGCCAUCGAACCUCUUAAGAAAGAAAGCGGAGAAGCUUUGAAUCGCUUGGUCAGUGAUUUCGACAGAAAUAUUCAGAUGCUGGGCAAGAUAGGCGAAGACACAGAGAAGUGGUCGACGAUUCUGGCAUACAUGGUUUGCGCUCGCCUAGAUUCGGUCACCCUUCGUCAGUGGGAGAGUCAUCAUAACUCUAAAGACGUGCCGACAUUCCGGAAAGUGAUGGACUUUCUGAGAGAUCAAGCGUUGGUUCUGCAAUCGAUUGUGCCGAGUAGGCAUGAAGACACCGAGAUUCGUCGACAGCGGACAACAGUACAUACUUCGUCAAGAUUCCAGAACAACUGUGUGUUCUGUGAAAAUUCGUUUCAUUCAGCUUCUGCGUGCAGCAAAUUUAGAGCUAUGUCGGUGCCUCAGCGUUUUGAAGUGGUUAAGAUGAAGCGACUCUGCAUCAAUUGUUUGGGUUCCGGUCACUUUGCGGAUCGUUGUAGCAAAGGACCAUGUCGUGAGUGCAACAGAAAGCACCAUUCGAUGUUGCACAAAAAUUUGAACAGUUUUUCGAGUCAGAGCUCCGUUUCACAAAACCAGUCGACAGUCAACAGUCAAUCAUAUCGUAAUAAUAAUCGCUCAGGACCUUCUGGUCAAGGUCAAGAACAAGAGUUGAUUAGACAGGAUCAACAAAGUCAGGCUUCGUACACAAAUCCUCAAGCACAAGAGAAUUCCACUAAUUCCUACCCCAUAAUACAAACACGCAUUCGCCACACUCAACCACAACACACCACAGACAAUUCUUUUACUUUUAAUGCGGCACCAAGGCCGAAAAGCGCUAAAUUUCGUUCGCCUCGAGUUUUGAUGUCAACCGCUGUAGUGCGUGUUGAAGAUCGUUUUGGUAAUCAUUCGUUUGCGAGAACACUGUUGGAUUCGUGUUCUGAAUAUUGCUAUGUUACGAAAAGCUUUGCGAAAAGAUUGAAUCUCCGAAGAAGUCGGAAUGUUUUGAGAGUCCAAGGCAUUGGAAAUGAGUCAGCUAAAUCGAUUGAGUCAGUUGAGGCGAGAGUUCGGCCUCGUGUGUCAGAAAUUUCUUCGUUUUCGGAAGAUAUAAGUUUCCAUGUGUUGCCUAAGAUCACGAGUAAUCUGCCCACCACCAAAGUAUCGCUUAGUGGGAUCAAGAUUCCUCAUGAUUUGGUAUUGGCGGACCCUGAAUUUUGGAACCCGGGUCCGAUAGAUAUGAUUAUUGGGGCAGAAUACUUCUACAAUUUGUUGCGUUCAGGCAAAUGUAAAUUUUUGGACGAUGGUCCAACCCUGCAAGAAACUGAGUUUGGAUGGGUUGUUUCCGGGAGAGUUCCGGAUAGUUCCUUUGAAACUGUUGCGUAG